AUGCACUAUGCAUGCCGCCCCUACCAGCAGAGGGCGGCGUUGCUCAAACAUUUUCGCCUGUGUCUGCGCAACUAUUGCGAGCAGCCUCGCAAACCACAGCAGCAGAAGCUCAACCACCAUCAGCAGCAGCUCCGCGAUGCUGUUUGGCACAGCUGCAGGCGGCUCUCCGCGUGCAGCUUCAGCACUACGUCUGCCUCCUCCUUCCAGCCAUCUCCUGCUGCUGCGUCAGUAUCUGCAGGAGCAGCAGCACGCGAAGGAGUGGCUGAAGCAGAGCGUGCUUCACUCAGUAGCGCCGCAGCCGCUGCUGAACGGCCAGUAGCUGCAGGAGCUGGCGCCUCUCCAGCUGCAUCAGCAGCCGCCGAAGCAGCAGCAGCAGCAGCAACUUCUGCAGCGGCGAAGACUGCAGCAGCAGAAGAGGAUGAGGGGCGGGAGGCGCGGCGCCCGUUUUACUUCGACUAUCAAGCCACCACUCCAGUAGACCCGCGAGUCUUGGAUGCAAUGAUGGUGUACAACAUCGACUGCUUCGGGAAUCCGCACUCUUCUUCGCAUGCAGCGGGGUGGGAGGCGAAGAGGGAAGUGGAGAAAGCGAGGGAGUCGGUUGCUGCAGUGCUGGGCCUGCCGCCGUCGCGCAGCCGCGAAAUAGUGUUUACUUCCGGGGCCACGGAGAGCAACAAUUUGGCGACGAAGGGUUUGGUGCGGUUCUACGAGCAGCAGCAAGCCCACAAGCAGCACCUGCUGCAGCAGCAGGGGAAGCAGGAGCCGGGGAAGCCGCGGAAAAGCCACAUUAUAACGACGCAAAUAGAGCACAAGUGCGUGCUGCAGUGCUGCCGGCUGCUGCACUUGGAGUGGCAGCAGUCUGGGGGCGCGAGCGGAGCCGAAGUGACCUUCUUGCCGGUGUCAGCUGACGGGCUGGUGUCUGCUGCUGCUGUUGCUGCUGCGAUCCGCCCCGAGACGCUGCUGGUCUCGGUGAUCCACGUGAACAACGAAAUCGGAGUUGUGCAGGACUUGCGGGAAAUAGGACGCGUGUGCAGGGAAAAGGGGGUUUUCUUUCACACCGACGCUUCGCAGGGCUUCGGCAAAGUGCCUUUGAACGUCGACGAAAUGAACAUCGACUUGCUUUCCGUUUCCGGCCACAAGAUCUACGGGCCCAAGGGCGUGGGGGCCCUCUUCGUGAGGGCCCGCAGGCCCAAGGUCCGGCUCGCCCCCAUUAUUGACGGCGGCGGACAAGAAAGAGGCAUGAGGAGUGGGACUUUGCCGACGCCUCUAAUUGUGGGCCUGGGGAAGGCGGCUUCGCUGGCGCUGGAGUGUAUGGACAGCGACAGGCGGCACGUGGAGCGUAUGGCGCGUUUGCUGCUUCACCGGCUGCAGCAGCAGCUGCCGCACAUCACCGUCAACGGCAGCCUGAACCGGCGCUACUUGGGGAACUUGAACAUUUCAUUUUCUUUCGUAGAGGGAGAGAGCCUCCUCAUGAGCAUCGGAGACGUCGCCAUGAGCUCAGGAAGCGCAUGCACGAGCGAGUCCCUUGAGCCUUCUUAUGUUUUGAGGUCCCUUGGAGUAGGAGAGGAGACGGCGCACACAUCUAUUCGCAUUGGCCUUGGCCGCUUUACGCGUGAAGAGGAGGUGCGCCACUGCGCUGAUCGAUUAGUCGCUGAAGUCCGUCGGCUGCGUGAAAUGUCUCCCUUAUAUGACGCGGCCAUGGAGGCGAUGAGUGGGAAAACAGAUGACAGUCCCAAGUUGGUUUGGACUUGA